AUGUCUGCAAUUGUUAAAAAGGUUGUUGCCGAGGUCACUGGAAAGUACGUUUUCGAUAAGGUUGCGGCUUUGGGGCCUAGGAAUCCGCUAUACGAGGAGUACACGGAUGACAGCGGCAACGCACAGACCAAGAAGCGGGAAAUCCCUCUCGGCUUAUCGAAGAAAGACCAAGCCACUCUUGCCAAAAUUAGAAAGAGAGCUUAUCGCCUCGAUAAGGGAUUCAAUUUGUGUGGUUUACAAUUCGGAUACACUUUUAUUUUCGGUCUCAUUCCUGGAUUUGGUGAUGUUCUGGACGCUCUCCUUAACUACUUUUUAGUGCUCCGAGUAGCUGAAAAAAACCUUGAUCUACCUGCUGGUAUUAUAAAUCAUGCUUGGUUUAACAAUAUCGUAUCUGUGGCUUUUGGUUUGGUUCCACUCGCAGGUGACGUUGUUCUUGCUGCUUGGAAGGCGAACAGUCGAAAUGCAAAUAUGUUCGAGGAGUAUCUAAUUAAACGAGCUGAGUUUUAUAUCCACCUCCCCGAAGAAUCUCGCGAGCUAGCCCAGCAACUAGACACGCUUGGUGACGCCAUUUAUAAGGAAGAUAAGGGUGGCGAUAGCGGCAACAACAACAACAGCCAUCCCAAGGGUCUAUUUAAAGCUGCAAAGGGUAUUAAAGCUGGCCACGGUUUGAAAAAGUCGGAAGGUGUCAAACUCAGAGAGAUCAUCAAACAAAGGCUGGCAGAUGUGCAGGAUAACGCGUAA